AUGUAUAGUGAAAAGAAACAUGUCACAAUAGCAAAUUUGAAUAAAACGCUUAAAGAGAAAGAGCUUGCUUCUAUCAGCAAUAGCUCUUUACAAAGAGUGCUGCCCACCAUAGGCUUUAAAUAUAAAAAAGAUGGUAAUAGAAGAUUUCUAGUUGAGCAAUCCAGUAUUGCUUUACUUUGCACCAAAUUUUUGAGAAGUUAUAAUGACUAUGUGAACACUUCCUCGCAUCAAAUUGUUUUCAUGGAUGAAACAUGGAUAUUUUCAAAAGGCAGUCCAAAAAAGUCUUGGCAAGAUGAGUCAAUAAAAAGUGUAAGGAGACCAUUGGGCUUUCAAGGAAAGCGAUUUAUUGUUGUCCAUGCAGGGAGAGAAAAAGGAUUUGUUGAUGGAGCAAGUCUGUUAUUUUCCUCACAGUCUAAAUCUGCAGAUUACCAUGGUGAUAUGAACGGCGAGACAUUCAUUAAGUGGUUAAAAGAAAAACUCCUCUGCAACUUGGAAGAGCCAUCAGUGAUAAUUAUGGAUAAUGCAUCCUAUCAUAGCAUUUUAUUGGAAAAGACUCCCAAACACAAGUUCUCCAAAAAAAGAGAUUAUUGACUGGCUGGUUAAAAAUGAAAUUGUGUUCCAACCAACAUUAAUUAAAUUGAAUAUAGUGAAGAGAAAUUGUAAGGAAAAGAAGUAUUUAAUAGAUGAAAUCAUAAGAAGUUAUGGACAUGAAGUUCUUAGUACCCCCAUACCAGUGUGAAUUUAAUGCCAUCGAGUUAAUAUGGGCCAAUGCUAAGCAGUAUUAUGAUAGACAUAUUGGAAGAUGUGGUCAUAGUGAUGAAAAUGUUUUAGCUAUGUGGAAUGAAGCUCUGUCACAAAUUACACCAGAGGUUUGGAAAAAAUGUGUGAAGCAUACCCAUGAUGUAAUUUUAGAGUGGUACAACAAAACUAUUACUCGUGAAAUAGAACCACUGAUAAUCUUAUUUGAUUCAGAUCUGACAGUAGCG